GCAGUUUGUGUCUCUAUAAUCUGUGCACUAGUAGCGUACUAUAAAUAUGUCUCUCAGAUGCCAUUGCCAUUUGUAGUUUUGGCAUAAAAAGUUGUUCUCUACAUCUAACUUCUGGUUAGUUGGUACGAAGCGAGGGCGCUAUCACAUCCUAAAUCGUUCAAGUCCCAGAAACACCAGCUCCAUAACCCAGUUUCUUCUUGGUGUCUAGGGAAAAAGGUAAAAUUUUGAGGCUCAAUAAGGAACAUUCGACAUGUUCAGGUCAUCUCAGCAGAGGAAUUCGAGAUGCAAAGACUUCAAGGUGAAACAUGCUCUUCAAAUAUGUGUUCUUCUUGGCGUUUGUAUCUGGAUGGCUUAUCUAGUUCAGCAUUCUCGUGAGAAAAAAAGAUCCUAUGGUGAAGGGACAAAUGCUGACAGUGAGGUUGUGAAGUUAGGGAGGAAAGACCCCGAUCCUAAUGUGGAGCAAUCUUCUUCUAUCUUACAUGCAAGGGACAAGGAGGAAAAGGAUGAAGAAGAAAACAACCAUGAAAAGCAAAAGAAGACAGAUGACGUUAAUCGUGUGGAAAAUGAGAUCCAGACACAAAAGAAUGAGCAGAAUAACAAUGAAGAGAAAUCUGAGCAGAGAAAGGAUCCAGUAGAUCAAGACACUGAAGAGAAUGAGCAUAAGGCAAACAAGGAGAGUGAUAGUGUGAUAAAGGAGAAUGAAGACAACAAAAAUAAGGUGGAGGAGGACAAUCAAAGUAGAGGGAUUAGUGAGGAAAAAAACGAGACAAAAAAAGAAGAGACAGAUAAAGAGGAGGAUGAAGAGAUAAACCAAAACAGAACUGAAGCAAGGGAACGUAUGGAGGAAGAUCACAAGCAAGAAGAUGAAGAGGAGAGCAAUGCAACAGACAAUGAGAGAGAAGAGAAUGACCAUAUUCAGGAAGUGGAUUCACCUGAAGAUCGAGUUCGGGAUCAAAACAGCGAAAGGAACAAUGAGGAGGCAAAAGAGGAAUAUUAUGCCUCCAGUGAAGGUUUGAACAAGACAAAACAAUCUGACAAGAGAGAAAACAAUGAAUUUGAGUUGGAGUCUCAAACAAAUGGUACCGAAGUGGCUCAUGUUCAUGAGAAUGAGAGGGUCUUAAAUGUAACACAACGAAAAGCUACACAAGUGACUAAUUCUGUUGUCACAAAUAUAACCAACCAAGGAAAUGGUAGUGAGAAUCAAGCUGAGAAAAAGAAUGAUUCACAAAAGAGUUCUAUUGCCGAGUCAGAUAAGCAGGAGCGAGAGCCUAAUAAGCCCUCUAGUGAUGAUGUAGAAGCUCUUCACUCACAGAAUGGUACUGAUACAACUGAAAAACAACUUGAAACACCUGAAAACUCCAAGGUAGAGGACUCCAUUUUGCACAAUUCAACGUUGACAAUGAAGGAUCUUAAGUCAGAUGCUGCAGUGGAACAAGUUGAUUCCAUCUUAACAAAUUCAUCAGGAGCUCAUGAGAGAAACGUGACUAAUGGAGAAUAUAAUGGCAAAGCAAAUGCUAAUGGCAAUGGUCAUGAUGGGUCAGGCAGUGCUUCUGAUUCUUCUAUUGUUGAAGGAAAAGAUGCAUCCUCGAGGAAUAAUGGUGACGCUGGGCAGGUUGAGGAUGAGAACAUUGAUACAAGUAAAAAUGAAGAUAGAGCUCAAAAUGAACCGGCUGAAUCAUCAAUAAAGAAAGAAGAAUCAGCACAUUGAUCAUAGAUGGUCAUAACAAUCCUAAAUGGAAUUAUCAAGACAGGUUUUAUUUCUACAAAUCAUUUGGAUUUGAAAUAGUUUUAGGAUCUUGGUCAAGAACAAAUACAACAAUCAUUCACAAUGGUGUUGUUGCCACGGAGUGAUACUGAUAAUUCAAAUAAAUCAAUUGUACCCUGCUUCUUCAAGUUACCACUAUGUAUCAAAGUUUUGUUUACUCUUGCAGAA